UUCUUCGGACAACAGCAAAAAAGACUUGUAUAACCUGUCGUUGACCUCUCGGGAUGUAGGCAAGCGAGCCACGGCACUGAUUUUUCAUGUUGUGAAGCUCAAAGGAGGCGCUUCGGAGUCAGACCUUGAGAACGACGUCUCCAGACUUCGCGUCCUCUUUGAAUCCAACCGCAAUCUGGCAACGUUGGUCAAGGUAUUGGUUCUUGACGACCCGGAGCAAAAUUCAAAUACUUCCUCGCCCAACCUUCUGUUUGUUCUUGGGCAGAUGCAGAAACUGACUAUCAUUAAAAUGCUCGGCAUUGAAUCGCGACCCCCGCGACGAGGCCGGGUCUCUUUCUUCACUACAUUCGCCAACCGUACCAGUCUCACUGACAUUCGUCUUUAUGACAUGUUCAUGAAAUACCGCGAGUUCGAGACCAUCCUUCGCUCAAGCCCAGCUCUCACCUCCCUCCUGAUAUCCAACCUUAAGAUAGAUGAGUUUUCUAGCAUGUCUUAUGGGAGCGUACAUUAUCGCGGCACAGUUGUCAUGAAGCCAGAAGCUGUAGCAUGGGAGGAUACCAAAUCGCGCUAUCAUGGCCUUCAGCCCCAAAAGCUCUCAACCUCCCGAUCGAACCAUGAAGGGGAUGGACACAGAUGGGGCCUUGAUCCUGCUCGUAGUUUGGACACUGUCCGUCUUCCGCUUUGCGAAGCCCUCGAGUUGCGCCUCAUCUUCCUUGACUGGCACACUUUCGGGAUCAACGACACAUGGAUUGCAAAUAUGCUUGAAACCAUUUCCCAUACGCAGUUUCCUGUCAGGAAGCUGCUUCUCGUCUUCGACUUUCGUUUUUUCAGGGGCCAUAUGGUCAGCAAUCUGCCCACCCCAGAUGAGUUGUGGGUUGGUCUUGAUAAUGCGCUCUGCGCGCAUCAUUUUGACUUGGAGGAAAUCGGGGUUCAUAUAAUUUUUUCCGUCGAAGAUCCAAACAAUGAACUUGAAAUUGAUAAUCCUUACGAAGAACGCAUUGUGGAAGAAGAAGAGGCGGAAGAGAGCGACGGAUCAGAGAGUGAAGUUGAGGAAAGUGACGUCGCGAGUGGAGAGGACGAGAGUGACAUGGAGAGCGACGAAGAGAGCGACCCAGAAGACAGCACCUACAUCCCGAACCAGAGCGAAUAUACGGAUGCCGAAGACGAGGAUGAUGUAGAGCUCGAAAAGAAAGAGGAGGAAGACGAUAAUGCAAAGGGUCAGGACCACAAGGACACCCCUGGACAUAUACUCCAACACUGGCUUCUCGGAUUUGCUCUUCCCAAGACGAACGCCCGCUAUCAUUUUCAACAGGACCAGACCAACGUUUCUGCCUCGGAGAAUGGAGUCAAAUCUUGGAUCCGUCUUUCAGAAAGAACCAACGAAAAUGAGCUAAUUUUCGAUAUAGACGAGGUUUUACGUCGGACCUAGUACUAUUCGGUAUAUCUUUGCUUCUUGACCCUGUAUCAUGUACAGAUAUAGUUGCUCUUCUUGGGGACUUCGUCCCAACAAUAUAAAUCUAUUUUACCUACC